AUGGUGGCCACCUGCCUGCACCUGGCCGGAUUUGUCUGCAGUUUUAUAGGGUGGAUCGGGGUGGUUGUGGCAACGGCCACCAACGACUGGGUGGUGACUUGUGGCUACACCAUUACCACCUGCAGGAAAAUGGAUGAGCUGGGGUCCAAGGGGCUGUGGGCAGACUGCGUCAUGGCGACAGGUCUCUAUCACUGCAAGCCUCUCGUGGACAUCCUCAUCCUGCCAGGUACGUGUGCCCCGUCCUCCCCCUUCCCACCCGGAGGUGAGGAGCGAAGCCUUGCUCCGAGCAGUGCCGGUCCUGCUGCCGGAGGAACUGAUGGCGAAGCUCCUUCAACUUCAUCAGCGCAGGAGAUAGCCUGUUAA